AGCCAACAUGAUCAGUGCCUUACGAGAAUACACGAGGCUAAACUGCACAGCGCACAUACUAAACGUGACUCUCUCCAGUGCGUUUGGUCCUGCCAUAAUCGAAAAGUCUCCAGAGAUCGCUAGCCUUCUGACUGAUGUUAAAAAGUUGGUUACAUAUUUCAAACACUCAGGACAGCAGGGCAAGCUUAAAAAGUCACUGAAACAAUCCAUAGAGACACGAUGGAACUCUAACUUUGACAUGUUAAAUUCUGUCUUGGAACAGUACGAAGACAUUGCAUCUGUGCUGACUGAGAGCAAUAAUUAUGACAAGAUCGGACGCAUUAGCAUCAGUACUCUUAAGUUACUAGUAUCAUUCCUAAAACCCUUCAAAGAGGCAACUGACGACUUGGAAACUGAUAACACAGCUCCCAGUGCCUCACUUGUUCUUCCGUGGUCUGUGCGAUUAAUUGAGCACUGUACAUCAGCCACAAAAGACCCUCUGCUCUCUGAAAUUGCAACCGUCUGUGUAACACGGCUGAAAGAAUUACUGUCAGCAGACAGCACUUCAUCCCAUUCUGUUCACAUGCUUUAUAAAAUAGCAACCUUUCUGACACCAAAUCUGCGAGGUCUGAGAAUGUUAGAUGAAAGAGGGCGACAGAAUGUGAUACAGGGAGUCAAGGAGAUGAUCGAAGAUUUAAAGUUUGAUCAUGCACAUGAUGAGGAUGUUGAACCAACACCUGCCAAAAGGCCUACUGUUCUUCAUAAAUUUUCAGAUUGGGAGGAAGAGGAAGAAUCAUGUGGAUCAAAAUCACUAGAUGUUCAGAUUCAGGAGUACAGGACCAUGAAACUUGAAUUAUCAAGUCAACAAAACAUUUUGCAGUGGUGGAAUUCCAACAGUUCCCAGUUCCCUGCCCUGAGCAACCUUGCAAGAUUUGUCCUCUGCAUCCCGGCAACGAGUGCACCUUCCGAGAGAGCAUUCAGCCUUUGUGGUCGGAUUUUGGAGGAGAGACGUUCAGUACUGAAACCCUCAUCAGUCAGUGACAUUCUUUUCCUGCAUGGAAAUUUAAAAUAAUUUGGAUUUUUUAAGAGAGACCUUGAAUUCGACAUUGGGACAUUUUUUCGUUAAACUGAUAGUUUAAACAAUCAUUUAAUUUCGCAGUGGCCAACUAUUUUGUUCUUUUGUUUACAAUUUUAAGUGACUUUUUUUUUUUUCGCGACACUUUCCCUACUGUGUUGACAGAAAAAUGUUACGUUUGUAUUUUACAUAAAAAUAACAAAUAGGCCACAAUGCUGUAUUCGUUUUUAUUUAUUUUAUUUUUGCAACACGUUUUCCAUGUUAAAAGAUAAAUGUUGCAUCUUGACAGAUAAAUGCAUCUUGUUUAAGAAAAAUAAAUACAAUCAUUGCACAACCUGCAGUUUUAUCUGUUAUCUCUAUUUUUUGGUGGUACCCCAUUUAAAUGUGAGAUUUUGGAAACCAGAUCUAAAUUUAGCGGGAACGGUCGGGUCGGGUAGAAAAUUAUUCUAAGCGGGCAGCGGGUGAACAAAGACUGAAUAUACAGCGGGAGCGGUCGGGUGCGGUACAAAACCUUGCGGGAGCGGGCGGGAGCGGGACUAAAAAAACAUUCCCGCGCAGACCUCUACUUAGCAGCAAACCAUGAACACUAGAGUCAACCGACAAUUUUAA